AUGGCGAGACUCGGCCGCGCCGGCUUCCUAGCCGUCGCCGUGGUGUUCCACCUGGUCUACAUAUACUCCAUCUUCGACAUCUACUUCAUUAGCCCCAUUGUCAGUGGCAUGCGCGAGUACCGCCUCGAGGCUAGAGAAGCCCCUGCCAAGCGAUUGGUCCUGUUCGUUGGCGACGGACUCCGCGCCGACAAGGCGUUCCAAUACUUCAAGGACCCCUCGCCCGCCAACCCCAAUGCCCCCGAGGCCCAGGAGCUGCGGCCGCUCGCGCCCUUUCUCCGCUCGCGCGUCCUGUCACACGGUACCUUUGGCGUCUCCCAUACGCGCGUGCCCACCGAGUCGCGGCCGGGACAUGUCGCGCUGAUCGCGGGCCUGUACGAGGACGUGUCGGCAGUGACGACGGGGUGGAAGCUGAAUCCGGUCAACUUCGACAGCGUCUUCAACCGAAGCCGACACACGUGGAGCUGGGGCAGUCCGGACAUCCUGCCCAUGUUCGAGCAGGGCGCCGUGCCCGGCCGCGUGGAUACCGACAUGUACGGCGCCGAGGCCGAGGACUUUACGUCGGACGCCACGCUGUUGGACACUUGGGUGUUUGAUCGGGUCAAGGCCCUCUUUCGCGAUGCAAAGACGAACAAGACGCUGGCUGCGGAGCUGAAGCAGGAGCAGAACGUCUUCUUCUUGCACCUUCUGGGCCUCGACACCACGGGCCAUGGGUACAGGCCGUAUUCCAAGGAGUACCUGCACAACAUCAAGGUUGUGGAUCAGGGCGUCAAGGAGAUCACGCAGCUGAUUGAAGAUUUCUACGGAGAUGGGAAGACAGCAUUCGUUUUUACCGCCGAUCAUGGAAUGAGCGACUGGGGCAGUCACGGAGACGGCCAUCCUGACAACACGCGGACGCCGCUGAUUGCCUGGGGAUCGGGCGUUGCACCUCCGGUAAAGGUUGCGGAUGGCAUUGCUGCGGGCCAUGAAGAUGGCUUCUCCUCGGAUUGGAACUUGGACCAGAUCCAGAGAAACGACGUAGCGCAAGCAGACGUCGCGACGCUCAUGGCCUACCUGGUCGGCAUUGCCUUCCCGGUCAAUUCGGUUGGCGAACUGCCGCUGGCGUACAUCAAAGCCGAUGCCACUACGAAGGCCGAAGCCUUGCUGGUCAAUGCAAAGGAGAUCCUCGAAAUGUACCAUGUGAAGGAGGAGCAGAAGAAGUCGACCGAGCUACGCUACAGACCCUUUCCCGCCUUCAGGGACAGCGAUGAGAAAUCGGUUGCGUCCCGUAUGGCCAGGAUCAGGGAGCUGAUCGACGGUGGCCAUGCCGAAGACGCCAUUCAGCAAUGCGCGGAACUGAUCAAGUUGGGCCUCGAGGCUAUCAGGUAUCUUCAGACGUACGACUGGUUGUUCCUUCGUGCUCUCGUCACGCUGGGAUAUCUGGGCUGGAUCGCGUUUGCCAUUACGACGGUCAUUGAUUUGCACGUCUUGCACAGUACAACGGAGACAUCGCGCUCGACUGUUUCGACGGUCGUUUUCUCGUCCGUUGGUGUUGCCUUGUUUUCAGUUUUGAUUGCGCAGAAGUCGGCUUUGACGUAUUAUGCGUACGCAUUCUUCCCCGUCAUGUUUUGGGAAGAGGUAUACGCGCGCAGAGCAGCCUUGAAGAAGGGUAAGGAUGUGCUCUUCGAGCAUAUCAGGACGCCAAAGGACAAGAUCGGUCUGGUGGUCAAGUUCGUGGCGUCUUUUGGAUUGCUGGAAGCCAUCGUCCAAAGUUACUUCCACAGGGAAGUUUUCACCAUCUGCUAUCUUCUGGCUACUAUUUGGCCUGUUUUCUACGGCAUGCACUUCAUCAGACAGAACUUCCUGGUAGUUGCGACUUGGUGGCUGUCUUGUAGCAUGAUGAGUGUUUUCACGUUGCUGGACGCCGUGAAAGUUGAGGACAUAAAUCUUAUUCUCAUCGGUGGUGUUCUUAUGUUUACUGUUGGUGCGCUGUACCUGUUCUUUGAGAAGAGCAUUAUCGCGCAAUCCACCGCCACGAAGGGCCUUGCAUCCGAGAAAGCCGAUGGCCUAUCCCGGACGAUACUAGGAACCCAAGUCGGCCUGAUCGCUCUCGCAAUGCUUGUCACGAAAUCAAGCGUCGCCUCUUUGCAAGCCAAGGAGGGCUUGCCUCUCGGCACCCAAGUCGUGGGCUGGGUGGUACUAGUUGCAUCCCUAAUGGUGCCAUUCCUCCACGGUCUAGCGCCGAACAACCACUACAUACACCGUCUAGUGGUCAUUUUCCUAAGCUUUUCGCCCAUCUUCAUCAUCCUUACCAUCUCGUACGAAGGGCUCUUCUACUUCGCCUUCUGCAUGACCCUGGUUACCUGGGUGCGUCUGGAACACCGCAUCUCUCAACAUGCUGGUCUCGCUACAGGAGACAAGGUCCCAGCACCAUCAAAACAACGACCACAACAACCCGCCUCCUCCGCCACCAAGGAGCCCAGCCCCCUCAAGCCCGCGCCCGGCGCCGCGCAGACGCUUCCCACCGACGUGUCUUCGGGCAACUACCGGUCGCUGGCGCUAUCGGACGUGCGCAUCGCCCUCUUCUUCCUCUUCCUGCUGCAGUCCGCCUUCUUCAGCACGGGCAACAUCGCGUCCAUCUCGUCCUUCUCGCUCGACGCCGUGAGCCGGCUCAUUCCCGUCUUCGACCCCUUUUCGCAAGGGGCCCUCCUCCUGUUCAAGAUCCUCGUCCCCUUCGCCGCGCUCUCGGCCAACCUCGGCAUCCUCAACCGCCGCCUCGGCGUCGCGCCGUCGGCCCUCUUCAUGGUCGUCAUGGCCGUCGGCGACGCCAUGACCGUCUCCUUCUUCUGGAUGGUGCGCGACGAAGGGUCGUGGCUCGACAUCGGCACCAGCAUCUCGCACUUUUGCAUCGCGAGCGGCCUGUGCGUCUUCGUCGCCGCGCUCGAGGGCGUCAGCGAGGUGCUCGUCAGCGGCGUCGAGUUUGACGGCGUCGGGGACGCGAGGCGCUUGGCCGUCGAGGCGAGGGACAAGGUCGUCGGGGCGGCGAAUGGGGUGGCCGGGAAGGUCGGUGGUGAGAACAACAGCAGCAAUGGUGGCGUCGUCGAGACGGCGGCGGCGGUCAAUGGCGGGGCGUGA